UUCCUCAAGCUCUUCAACUCUUCUAAGCUGGGGUUCGACCUCCCGAAUGCUGGAUCCAAGGGCCGGCGCGAAACAACGGACCAGUCAAUGAUGAGAGACUUGAUAAGGCAGGCCUAUUGUCCUGGCUCUGAUAACAUCUGGGAGCCGGUGCUUGGGACUUGGGUCGAUAAGAGACUCGCCAUCGCCGCACAUCUCUUCCCUUGGCGCUCAGCGGACCUUAUGGACUCUAUCUUUGGAACUGGCGCCCGCGACAAACUCUUCUCGCCCGUUAACGGCAUCUUCCUCGAUCCGGCUAUAGAACAUGCUCUUGAUAGGGGCUUCUUGGUCAUCGUCCCUGAUACCAAUUUGGAAGCAAAGGAUUCCGCAGCUCCAUGGGAGGACAAAGACGAACGGCACCAGGCCCUUAAGGAUUGGGAAACGACUACUCCUAGAGAGUACCGUAUUAUAGUCUUAGACGCAACGCCUUCGUCUAUGCAGGAGGCAGUAUUCUCAAAGCAGCUUCACAAUCUUGAGUUCAACAACUUGGCUGGCCUACACGGACGCCGGUUGCAGUUCCUGAACGAGUCGCGGCCCAGGGCUCGAUAUGUCUGGUGGACGUUUCUCAACGCCAUUACGCAGCUCAACUGGAAGGGGUCGCUCAAAUCCUCCAAGUCGUUGAUACAGAAUGAAGUUCUCAAGGGGACAAGGUACUGGGGUACUCACGGAAGAUACGUGAAGAAGAAUAUUCUCCUCGGCUUCGUCAACGAGAUUGGACACGACGUCAGCAGUAUCGCUGAGUCAAUCAUGGAGCACGCUAUUGAGGAGGAGGAGGAGGAGGGAGGACCUGCCGAUCAGGGGCCUGAUAAGUUGGGGCUGGCGGUCGUCGCGGACUGA